UAUUUCAACAUGCCCACAGUGGCGUUGGGGUUGGAGUAAGAGCAGCGAUUGGUUGAGACAAGUUACCUUGUGUGUAGUCUUCAUAUAUAAAAACAGUGACGUUUAAAAAGAUAAGCGCAACUGCAACCAAAGGAUCAUCUGACAGUCUAUACAGACUUUGCUCUUAAGAUGGCGGCAAAUGGAAAACAUUGGGUGAUGCUUGUAGCGGGUUCAAAGACAUGGAGCAAUUACCGACACCAGGCUGAUGUGUGUCACGCCUAUCAGAUCAUACAUCAGAACGGGAUUCCUGACGAACAGAUUGUGGUCAUGAUGUAUGAUGACAUCGCCAAUAACGAUGACAAUCCUUAUCCUGGGAACAUCAUUAAUAGACCAAACGGACCGAAUGUGUAUCCAGGCGUCCCAAAAGAUUACACCGGAGGGGAUGUUACCCCUGAAAACUUCCUGGCUGCUCUUAAAGGAGAGAGACAAAACUCUCAGAAAAAAGUCAUUUCAAGUGGGGAAAAUGACACAAUAUUCAUCUAUCUGUCAGAUCAUGGAAGUCCAGGCAUAUUUUGCUUUCCUAACAACACCCUUCAUGCCAAUGAUCUCAUUGAAACCAUCAAGGAAAUGGCGAGGAACAAGAAGUUCUCCAAGAUGGUGAUAUAUAUGGAAUCCUGUUUUUCUGCAUCAAUGUUUACCCAACUCCCAGAUAACAUUCAUGUGUAUGCAGUGACUGCAGCGGGAGCAAAUGAGAGAAGUUACGCCUGUUACUUCGAUCCUGUGAGGAAGACCUAUCUCGCCGAUGUAUUCUCAGCUCUUUGGAUGUACUACACUGAAACGAAUGAUCUCGAUAAAGUAACAUUCCUGAAUCAGUUUAGUUAUCUUCAGCAAGCGAUGAAUACCUCUCACCCCUGCUGUUUUGGGGACAUGACAGCUGGUGAGAAACCCAUCAGUGAGUUCUUGAGAAACACUCCUCGGUCCAUUCAGGAGUCAGCUAAAGCUCAGCAGCUUGUGUUGACUGAUUUGACACAGGCCCAUGAAGUGCCUUUCAAAAUCUUGGAGAAUCAAAUCAACAUAGAAACUGAUGAAGACAGAAAACAAGAUUUGAUCAGAAAACUUGAUGCUCUUCAUCAGAUUAAAGCUAAAAUUGAAGGAACAGUGGAAACUAUCAAACGGCACUUUCCUGACUUUGCACAUGAGGAUGAAGAUUAUUCUCAGAUGGAUUUACAUUCUUUCAAAACCGUAGCUGAACAUUUCAGGACAACCUGCUUCGACUGGCACGAGGAAGAGUUUCAGAUGGCCUUGUCACACACACACGUGUUCGCUCGUCUCUGUGCUCGUGGAGUUAAAACAGAGAGGAUCAUAGAGGUCAUAACAAAGGUCUCCAGUCUCUAAAUAAACAACACCUUUAAGAAGAACUUAAGAAGAAAUUUAGAUCCAUCUCAUCCAUCAACAAAAAAAAGAGUCAAAUAAACCAUGUGUCGACGUUC